AACAGGUUGCGCGGCUUUGCGGCAGGGACCGAGGAGGGUCAUGCUUUAUGAGUUAAGAGAUUUCGGACAGAGACCCCUUGCGCAUCGCCAGCCCAAUGUGGGGCCCUUUUCCGGAUGGCGGGAACGUCCGGCCGGGUGCGAUGAACCAGCUGGACGCUCCACGGCCGCUCAACUGGACCAUCAGGAAACUGUGUCAUGCGGCUUUUCUUCCUUCCGUGCGCCUGCUAAAGGCACAAAAAUCAUGGAUAGAAAGAGCAUUCAGCAAGAGAGAAUGUGUGCACAUUAUUGUAAGCACCAAAGACCCCCAUAGGUGUUGUUGCGGCCGUCUAAUUGGUCAACAUAUUGGCCUGCCCCCCAGCAUCUCAUCCAAUCAGAAUGAGAAGUCAGAGCGUGUGCCAAAGAAUGACAGCUUGUCAGAGAAAUGGUCCAUCAGUAAGCAUACACAACUAAGUCCCACCGAUGCCUUUGGUACCAUCGAGUUCCAGGGGGGAGGACACAGCAACAAAGCAAUGUAUGUUCGAGUGUCUUAUGACACAAAGCCAGAUUUACUCCUGCAUCUGAUGACAAAGGAGUGGCAGCUGGAACUUCCAAAGCUGCUCAUUUCUGUUCAUGGAGGUCUUCAGAACUUUGAGCUGCAGCCCAAACUCAAGCAAGUAUUUGGCAAAGGUCUCAUCAAAGCUGCCAUGACCACCGGGGCCUGGAUCUUCACUGGAGGAGUUAACACUGGAGUCAUUAGGCAUGUCGGUGAUGCUCUUAAAGACCAUGCUUCCAAAUCCAGAGGAAAAAUCUGCACUAUCGGCAUUGCCCCCUGGGGCAUUGUGGAGAACCAGGAAGACCUGGUGGGCAAAGAUGUGGUCCGGCCAUAUCAGACAAUGUCUAACCCUCUGAGUAAGCUCACGGUGCUCAAUAGUCUACACUCGCACUUCAUUCUGGCUGAUAACGGCACCACCGGAAAAUAUGGAGCGGAGGUCAAACUACGAAGGCAGCUUGAGAAACACAUCUCCCUGCAGAAGAUCAACACACGGAUUGGACAGGGUGUUCCUGUGGUGGCUCUGAUAGUGGAGGGGGGUCCUAAUGUGAUCUCAAUCGUCCUGGAGUAUCUGAGAGAUACUCCUCCUGUUCCUGUGGUGGUGUGUGAUGGCAGUGGACGGGCUUCUGACAUACUGGCCUUUGGCCAUAAGUAUUCAGAGGAGGGCGGAAUUAUAAACGAAUCUUUAAGAGACCAGUUGUUAGUCACCAUACAGAAGACGUUUACAUACAGCCGGACUCAGGCCCAGCAUCUCUUCAUCAUUCUGAUGGAGUGUAUGAAGAAGAAAGAACUGUCCUCCAGUACAUCCAAGAUGUGGGUGGCACAUUUUUUCAAGAAGAUAUUUAUGAAGAUAUUUGGUUGAAUUAAUGAAAGUUAAAUCAAUUUAAGUCAAAAACUUUAAAACAUUCAACACAAAAGUAUGCCCUGCCUCUUGUGACGUUAAAUUAGCGUCUUAUAAAACGAGCCAAUUGAUCUAUGGAAGAAACUGAACGCAAUUAUCACAUCUUCGGGGGAAUUCCAAUCCCAUUCAUGUGCCCCACGCACUAAGAAUGGCAGAUCCUUUGUGGUGCGAGUUCUGGAGGGAGAUGGACAGCUGUUUUCCGUAAAUAUUUGCCGUUUAAAUCAUAUAUAAUUAAUGCAGUAAUAAAAACAACAUAGUUUUCCCCUUAUCAGAGACAACCGUUCACUUGGUGUACCCUUCCUACAGUUAGACUCUACUUUCCAGGGCACAAGAAGCAUUUAAGAACACGACCCAUCGCAUGUGCAAACCGAUUGCCUGUGGCUGUGGUUUGCUGAUUAUAACGUUGCAAAUAACAUGAAGUUUCUUGGACAGACCAAUCAAAUCGCGUUAUAAGACGUCAAUCAUUAUGACCCGCGGGAAUUACUUACGUAUUGAAUGUAGGAGCAUUUUGGACUUUUAAUGAUGUGGCGCCUCAGGAGGACAUGUAUUUUUUAAAGCACACAGUUCUUAAAGUCUCUGCACUUAUUUGAAAUGUUAAGUCGGGUCAGGUAAAGAUGAUUGACAGGCCGCAUUUGGCCCGUGGGCCGCCAGUUGACUAGCCCUGCUCUAGAGGCUUUUGUGCUACUUAGAAUUCUAUAAAUGAGGGUAAAAAGCUAGGACAUCUUCUGCUGCCACACAUUCCUCACCAAGUCAGCAUGGUGUUAUUUUAUUGGACAGUCAGAGACGCCGUAUCAAGUGGCCUCUCUUUAACUCUGAGCUGAUAAAUGUCACUACCUCUGCAGUCCACAUGAAGCAGAUCCCCGCAGGCCCUGUCACCAUCUCUCAAUGUUAGCGUCUUUCACACACGCCUGCUUUAUAUCUCACCCCACACACGCAAAUGUCAACGCUUUUUGGUGAAAAGAAUGUAGAACUUAAUAAUACGCCCACUAAAAUGUCUUCUCUUUGCAUUCACACUGCAAAGAAAUCAUUUAUCUUCAAACAAGAGAAAUUACCUUGAGAAAUCAAAUGGUUUAAAUGCUUUAGAGAUUGUUAAAACCUGUGAAGGUCUAUUGAAUUAAGUUUACCCAAAAGUUUUACCCAACUGGCAAAUGUUGGUUCUUGUGAUAAGUAAAUGUUUUCAGAGUGACAUUGUGGUGCCGUGCUAAACUAAAAAAUCUAACAUUUCAAGAAUCAUUUCCUAGCAAUAGAUUAAAUGUUAUAUUUCCAAACAUAUCUCCUACCCACUAAGGUCUUUAAUGAAAACAGUGAAAGAAUCAUUUCCUAGCAAUAGAUUAAAUGUUAUA